AUGUCGGACUCAAAUGUUCGACUCAACGAAAGGGCUGCUUCUUCACCCUGCCGAUGCCUCUGGGAGCCUGAUGUACAGUAUCCUCCAGAGGCUCGCAUUGAGGAGCUGGAGGAGGAGCUGGAAGCAGAGCGAGCCAUCAGAGCCAAGGUGGAAAAGCAGAGAGCAGAUCUAAGCAGAGAGCUGGAGGAUCUCACUGACCGGCUGGAGGAAGCAGGAGGCGUGACCGCCUCACAGAUGGAGGUGAACAAGAAGCGAGAAGCUGAGCUGCAGCGCCUGAGGCGAGACUUGGAUGAGACCUCUGUCCAGUCAGAAGCGCUGGCUGCGUCUCUGAGGAAACGUCACAGUGAUGCCAUGGCAGAGCUGAGCGAGCAGUGUGAGGCUCUGCAGCGGAGCCGAGCCAAACUGGAGAAGGACAAGCAGAACCUGAGGAUGGAGGUAGACGAGCUGGCUGCUUCCCUGGACAGUCUGCAGAAAGCCAAGACGUCCUCAGAAAGCCAGAUGAAGAAGCUGGAGGAGCAGCUGUCAGAAGCCAACAGGAAAGCCGAGGACCUGCAGAGGGCCCAGGUCGAGCUCAGUGUGGCCAGGAACAGACUCUCAGCUGAUAAUGCAGACGUGAAUCGACAGAUGGAAGAGGCAGAGAGCAGAGCCAGCCAGCUGAGCCGCUCCAAGACUCUGCUCACAUCGCAGCUGGAAGAAGUGAAGAAACAACUGGACGAGGAGGUCAAGUGUAAGCAGGCGGUCAACAGCAGUCUGAGCUUGGUGCAGCAGGAGUGCGAGGCGCUAAGGGAGCAGCUGGAGGAGGAGCAGGAGAGCAAGCAGGAGCUGCAUCGGCUUGUCUCCAAACUCAACAGCGAGGUGACACACUGGAGGAGCAAACACGAGGCGGACACCAUCCAGCACGCCGACGAGCUGGAGGACACCAGGAAGAAGCUGGCCACCAGGCUUCAAGAGGCCGAGGAGGCUGUAGAAGCCACCCAGGCCAAAUGUUCCUCGCUGGAGAAAAGCAAACAAAGGCUGCAGGGAGAGGUGGAGGAACUCUGCAUGGACCUGGACAAGGCCAGAAGCUGUGCUCAGGCUCUGGAUAAAAAGCAGCGCGUACUGGAGAAGUACCUCAUAGACUGCAAGCACAAGUGUGAGGAGCUAGUGGCGGAGGUGGAAGGCUGCCAGAAGGAGGGCAGGCAACACGCCAGCGAGCUUUCCAAAGUCAGGUCGGCCCAUGAAGAGUCUGUGGAGCAGCUUGAGGCCCUGCGCAGGGACAACAAGGCCUAUCAGGAGGAGGUAGCGGACCUCACAGAGCAGCUCUCAGAUGGAGGCAAAAGUGUCCAUGAGCUUCAGAAGGCAAAGAAGAAGAUUGAGAUGGAGAAAGAAGAGCUACAGGGCUCACUAGAAGAGUCGGAAGCAGCUUUGGAGGCCGAGGAGACCAAGGUGCUGAGGCUGCAGCUGGAUGUGUCUCAGGCUAGAGGGGAGCUGGAGCGCAGACUUCAGGAGAAGGAGGAAGAGAUGGAAGCUGCUAGAAAAAGCCACCAGAGGGCACUGGAGACCCUGCAGGCCAGUCUGGAUGUGGAGGUCAAAGGCAAAAUAGAGGGGCUAAAGCUGAAGAAGAAACUGGAGGCGGCCAUUAGCGAGCUGGAGCUGCAGGUGGACCUGCUCACCAAGAACAAUGCUGAGCUAAGCAAGAGCAGCAAGAAGAUGCAGCAGCAGAUUAAGGAGCUGCAGGCCCAGCUGGAGGAGGAGGUCCGGAGCCACGAGGAAUGCAGGGAGGACCAGGGUGCCGUGGAACGACGCUGCAUGCUGUUGGUCAGCGAGGUCGAGGAGACCCUUGCAGCCCUGGAGAGCGCCGAGCGGGCCCGACGGGUCUGUGAGACGAAGCUGCAGGAGGCCAGCGAGAAGCACAGCCACCUCAACAACCAGUUCCAGUUGGCUGUGAGUGGGAGAAGGAAGCUGGAGGGGGAUCUCCAGACUCUGCAGCAGGAGCACGAGGAGCUGCAUGCAGAGCUGAGAGCAUCCACAGACAAGGCCAAGAAGGCCAGCUGCGAGUUGGAGCGAGUGGGGGAGGAGCUGCGUCUAGAGCAGGAGCACACGCUCCACCAGGAGAGAGUGAAGAAAGGCCUGGAGGCUCAGGUCAGAGACAUGAGCAGCAGGCUGGACCAGGCCGAGCAGAUGGCUCUGAAAGGAGGCAAGAAGAUCAUCCAGAAGUUAGAGGGAAAGGUGAAGGAGAUGGAGCUGGAGUUGGACUCGGAGCAGAAGCGGCACGCUGAGACGGUGAAGACUCUGCGGAAGAACGAGCGUCGGAUGAAGGAGCUGCUGUUUGAGUCCGAGGAGGAGCAGAAGAACCAGCAGAGGAUGCAGGAGCUGGUGGAGAGGCUGCAGAACAAGAUGAGGGCCUACAAGAGACAAGUGGAAGAGGCAGAGGAACAAGCUACCUUGAACCUGGCGAAGUACAGGAAGACGGUCCAUGAACUGGAUGACGCUGAGGAGCGAGCGGACAUUGCUGAGUCAGCACUCACCAAGAUCAGGACCAAGAGAAGAGGCAGCUUGGGACAGGGCUACUCCUCUGGUUACAGUACCCCAUACCCUGGCCUGGUCUGCUCCCCCAGCUCCGUGGGGUCAGAGGGCAGAGGGGAGAAGAUCCUCAACGAUGACGAGUCUGUCAGCUCCCUCAUCCCAGCGUAUCUCGACUCGCUCAAGAAGCUCAUGGUGGAUUAGAAACCCAGCGGGUAGAAUGGUAGAAUGUCAGAGCUCCAAAUGUCUCCAGCUGCUACGGCAUUCACAAUCUGACUGGACAAAG